AUGAAGAUGAGCGGCCUCGACCAAACGAGCGACUGCACCCCGAAGCGUGGGGCGCCAAACGAGCGUGCGCUCCGAGAAGCAAGAACCCGCGUUGCGCAACGACGUGAACGAAGAUGCGCGGCGCCUCGGAUCGCCCAACAUCAAGCGCAAUCCCAGCGUGAUCAAGACCAGCGCCAACGACUGCCCUGCAAGUUGCUUGAAGAAAAAGAGCACCAGCAGCAAUGCGUUCAAGAUCGGCACCAGCAACAAGAGCCGCACAACCAGACGACCAAAUGCGGUAUCUCCAAGGCCAAGACCAGCGCCCCGAGCACAAGCGACCCGCGUCGGACACGGACAAGGGCGGCGACACCGCCGCGAUGA